AUGGGCAAGAAGAGGAAGGCUACCAGCGGCGCCGCCCAGCCCAAAGGGCCGCGCGAGUUCGACCCCAAGGAGUCCAGGCUCGGCCCCAUCACAACCUACAGGGACGUCGCCGAUUCCGAGGACGAGUACUGGAUGAACCAGGAGGACCAGGACCAGGACCAGAUCAUGUUCAACGACGCCCCCAAGUCCAAGAAGCAGAAGCGCCUCGAGCAGGAGGAGCAGUUCCUCGAGGACUCGGAAGAGGAGGUCUUCGACUACGACGACGGCGGCUCCGAUGACGACGAGGACGAGCUGGAAGAGCUGGCCCGCAAGACCAAGAAGGCCACCAAGAAGAGAGCUGCCGAUGCGGGAUCCGACGCCGGCGAGGACGAGGAGGAGGCCGACUCCGGCUGGUGGGGCUCCUCCAAGAAGGAGUACUACAAUGCCGACGAGAUCCAGACCGAGGCCGAUGCCCUGGAGGAAGAGCAGGAGGCCCGCCGCAUCCAGAAGAAGCGGCUCGAGAAGAUGAAGGACGAGGACUUCAUCUUCAACGAGGACGAGUGGCUUGCCGACAAGCCCGAGGACGACGACAACGACGUCGUCACCGAGGUACUGAAGGAUGUCGAGGUCACUGAUGACAUGACCCCCGUCGAAAGGCUGCGUCUCCUGCAGUCUCGCUAUCCCGAGUUGGAAUAUCUUGCCGAGGAGCUGCUCGAGCUGCAACCUCUGCUUGUCACCCUGCAGACCGAGGCCGAAGGCCAGCCCAGAAAAUCUGUCGCCGUCGUCAAGUACCGGGUCCUCGGGUCCUAUGUAGCAACGCUGGCUAUGUACUUUGCCACUCUGACGUCCCCGGCCCGGGACUCGGAUGGUCCCGCCAAGGCCUUGGACCCGGCGGAACUGCGAGACCACGAGGUCAUGAGCACACUGCUCGAGUGCAGAGAAGCAUGGCAGCGUGUCAAGGAUCUGAAACCCUCGAAAUCUGCCAAGGCUGCCGCAAGCAUCCCAUCUCCGCCAGAAGAAGUCUCGCCAUCUGCUGAAGAUUCCACCGCGGCCCUCACCAACUCUGAUAAGAAGGGCAAGAACGCUCCCGUGUCAAGAAAGAAGGCGAAGAAGGCAGAACGCCAAGCGAAGGAGCUUGAGGACUCGCUUGCGGACCUGUCUGCCCUCAUCACCACCACCAAGUCGAAGAAGAAGGCCCAGGCCGGCAAGAUUCAAGACGACAACUCCGACUUCGGUGAAGAAGAAACCAUUGAUUCGAGAGCCGCUGCAGAGAAGGCAGCGCGCAAGAAGAGUCUGCGCUUCUACACCUCCCAGAUCGUUCAGAAAGCAAACAAGCGUGCUGGAGCUGGAAGGGAUGCUGGUGGUGACGUGGAUAUUCCGUACCGCGAAAGACUUCGGGAUCGUCAGGCCCGCCUCAACGCCGAGGCAGAGAAGCGUGGAAAGAAGGACUCGAAGCAUGGCGCCGAUCUUGGUGAUGAUAGCGACGAAGGAGAGACCCAAGCCGCUCACACCCUUCGUGAUCAAGAGGACGAGUACUAUGACUUCGUGGCGGCACGCACCCAGAAGAAGAAGUCAGACAAGGCCGCCAGGGCCGAGGCGUUGGCCGCAGCCACGGCGGCGGAUCGCGUCGUCGAACAAGAAGUAAUCGGCGAAGAUGGCAAGCGAAAGAUCACAUAUGCCAUCGAAAAGAACAAGGGUCUAGCACCCAAGAGGAAGAAGGAAGUACGAAACCCGCGUACGAAGAAGCGCAUGCAAUACAAGGAGAAGCAGAAGAAGCUCGCCUCCAUGAAGGCCACGUACAAGGGCGGCGAAGGCAAGGGUGGUUACAAGGGAGAGCUGACGGGUAUCAAGCCCGGCCUGAUCAAGAGUACAAAGUUGUAG